AUGGCCCACACAAACCCUAGAUCUGAAGAAAAAAGCAUUAUACUUAUCUCAAGUGAUACAUCAAACACAACCUCCCUAACCAAUUUCCCACCUAACUUACAUAACAUUCAAACCUCGGACACAUCUUCACUCCCAAAACAAUCACCUUUCAUAGCCAACACCUGCUCUAUAAUUGAUGAAGCUGUUGAGAAACCUCUAGGGGAGGAUGAGUUACUGAGUGAUGAAGAUAGAUCUGAUAGUGAGGGCACUCCAUAUUUAGCUGAUGAGGAUUGUGAUGAUAGAGAUGAUGAUGAUUUGUUCCAGCAAUACAUAGAUGAUGAAGAGGAUGAUAAUGAAAAUGGUAUUGAGUUGCAUGAUGAUGUUGUGCUAAAUGUCAGUGAUGAUGAAGUGGUUAGCUUAGUUGGAUCAGAUGAUGAGGGUCCUAAUUAUCCAGUUUUUAAUCCGCAGACUGAUUUUAGGGGAAGGAUUGAACUGAGUAAAGGCUUAAAGUUCCCUUCUAACAUAGUUUUCAGGAAGGCUCUUAGACACCAUGCUAUCAAAAAUGGUUAUGACUAUUAUUAUUUGCAUAAUAAUAGGACCAAGAGGGAUCGGGUUUUAGAGUGUAAGUGUAAAGACAGGAGGAAGUGCAGAUUCAAGGUGUAUUGUAAGUUGAAAGAUGAAGAGACAUGGCAGAUUAAGAGUAUAAGAUUGAGGCACAUAUGCAGCCAUCAUAUUCAUAACACUAAGCUUUCCUCACAGUAUUUGGCUGAAAGAUAUCUUAAGGACUGGAGGGAUAAUCCUUCUAUGAAGCUUCAAGCUUUUAUGAAAAGAGCAAGAAGAGAGAUUGGAGUUGAGAUAGGGUACUACAUGGCAUACUACGCUAAAGCUAAGGCCUUUAAAAUGAUUUUUGGAGAUGCCAACUUGGAGUAUAGUAGGGUCUGGGAUUAUGCUGCAACAAUCAUGAGAUACAACCCAGGUUCUACUGCAAAGGUGAAGUUUACAGGGAUAGAGAAUCCACCACCUUUAUUUCAAAGGUUGUACAUCUUCUUACAGGCUUGUAAGGAGGGGUUCAUGGCUGGGUGCAGGUCAAUCCUUGGGGUAGAUGGGGCUCACCUUAGAGGUCCAUACCCUGGCAUCUUGUUGAUAGCAAUAGGUAAAGAUGGAAAUAAGAACAUCUUUCCUGUUGCUUGGGCAGUAGUAGAGACUGAAAACUCAGAGAAUUGCAACUAG